AUGUCCCCCGACAGGAUCACUCUCCAGAAUAUGGAAAAAAAGUCAAAUGAAAGUUUCAGACAGUAUGCACAAAGAUGGAGAGAGGUGGCCAUGCAAGUUCAACCGCCACUUCUAGAAAAAGAGACAACAAUGCUCUUUAUUAGCACCUUGAAAGCCCCUUUUAUCACUCAUAUGUUGAGAAGUGCCACCAAGAGCUUCUCUGACAUAGUGAUGACGGGAGAAAUGAUCGAAAAUGCUGUAAGGAGCGGCAAGAUAGAAUUGGGAGAGAGUGCUAAGAAGUCAGUCUCGAGGAAAAGGGAUAAUGAAGUGAACAACACGAGUACAUUCAACAAGGGGCAGUCCAAAUCAUUUACCGUAAAUCAACCCAAAAUGGUGACCACCAAUCAACAAAGCCCUAAAUCCAAUGAAAGGAAGAACACAGAAAGGCCACAAUUCACCCCUAUACCUAUGACGUAUAGGGAGUUGUACCAGAACCUAUUCAACGCUCAUGUGGUAUCCCCUUUCUACCUGGAGCCACUGCAGCCCCCGUAUCCCAAAUGGUAUGACACAAACGCCCAAUGUGAAUACCACACGGGAAUUACAGGGCAUUCAAUCGAAAAUUACACUGCAAUCAAGAAAGUGGUCGAAAGACUCAUUAAGGUGGGAAUCGUGAGAUUUGAUGACUCAGUCAUGCCCAAUGUAUCAGGAAACCCACUCCCCAAUCACACCGACCAAGGAGUGAACGGAAUAAGCGAAGGCAAAAACAAGAAUAUUAAGUGUGAGGUUACAAAAUUCAGGACUCUGUUGAGACAAGUGUGGAGGGAGAUGGUCAUGAGAGGUUUGAUCGCGUUGGAUUUGGGAAGAGAAUCCAAAGAAGAGAGGAACUAUUGCGAGUUCCACAAUGAGGUGAGGCAUGAAAUCCAAGAGUGUGUGGAGUUCAGGGCCCUAGUGCAGAACAUGAUGAAUAAUAAGGAAAUAGAAUUUUAUGAAGAGACUAAAAACCCCGUAGAGGGAGACAUAUGUGCGUCGGAGGGAGAGUCGACGGUACAAAAUCAAACAGUUAACUACCCCGUGGUUAUCAUAUCGAGACCCAAAAAUAAUGAAGCUAGAGUUCAACUACCACCAAGGGUCAUAAUCCAGAGACCUGCAGUCUUCCCUUACAAAGAUAACAAAAGGUUCCCAUGGAAUUAUGAUUGUAAUGUGAAAAUUCCAGGGAAGGAAAGCCUGGUCGACACUUUAAAAGAGGACCAAGAUAGGGGCUCCUAUACACGUAACGGGAGACGUUACAAUACAGCGAGUGAGAAGGCACAGCCCGUAAAAGAAAAAGCCCUAGUGGUUGAAGGGGUGAAGGAAAAAGCGACCAAAUCUGAACUUCCUGUCAAUGAGCUAGUUAACGAAGAAGAGGCUAAGGAGUUUUUAAAAUUCCUAAAGCAUAGUGAAUACAGCGUGGUGGAACAGCUACGUAAACAACCAGCUCGUAUCUCAGUGCUGGCCUUACUUCUAAGCUCGGAAGGUCUUGAAUGA